CUCGCGGCUGGGCCAAUCUACAGAUGCUAAUUAUAUCGCUAAUAAUAAUUAAUGAUGUGCACCACGCUGGUUGCCUCUGGAUCCCUGCCGGAGUUCUGCGAUCCUUCAUUUCGUUGACGACGCUCUUUGCUAACCAUCUACUCUUCUCCCACAAACACCCACACUCGUUCUUGUUUCUCGGGGGUUUAACCGGCCCAAAUUCUUCUGUCUUUCAUCGAAUUCUUGCAAUUCUCACCCCUUUAUUCUUUUACUACUAUAUAUACACCAGAACACCCUUUAACACCUUCGUUCCUCAGUCACUCGUUUCACAACAGUUCCUCUCUUGCGUAUCAUUGCGCCUAUAGCCCCUCCGCCCCAAGAUGAACGGCCAUCAAGGGUACGGGGAAGAAAUGGUUGAAAUCGAUGUUCAUCGAGGCCACCAUCACACUGGCAGCUACGAUUCUCACGAUGGCCACUCUGCAGCAGGGGUUGCAAGAUCCAUGCAGCAGCCAGGUCUAGCUGCCUCAGACAACUAUAUCUCGCCAGGUUGGACAUCAUCGCCCUUGGCUCGCAGAUCUGCAGCGGAUUCUUUUGCAAGCAUUCCUCAGAUGGAUUCCCGUUCAGCCACACCGUCUCUGUAUCAGAAUAAUCAAAGCUACCAGAGCCAACAGAGUCUCACGGCUCUCGUCAGCACACCGCCUUCACCCAUGCUCACGAAGGAGUGGGUUGAGCCCGGUUCUGUAGCUCGCAUCCAUGACAGAGACGAUGUCGAUAUCUGGAAGGGAUGGAAGCGAUGGGUGUUCCGUCUUGCUCCAUUCCUGACCCUUGCCAACGUUAUAGUCUACGGGAUAUAUCUUGGUCUGCGUAUCGCAUGCGUCGUCUUGGCCCAGAGAGCACAGGGAAUAACCUUCGCUGCCGCAUGGGUUUUCAUUGCUAUCGAAUUGGCUGUGGCCAUCCCCUCCCAAAUGCACAAUUUCUGGACAAUGUGGGCCAUGAAGAAGAGGCGUAGGGCCAAGCUGAGGCUGACGGGAGAGGACGUUCCCACUGUUGAUGUGUUCGUCACCUGCUGUGGUGAAGAUGACGACCUUGUCCUGGACACUGUCCGUGGAGCGUGCGACCAAGACUAUCCACGCGACCGGUUCAGGGUGAUCGUUCUCGACGAUGCGAAGUCCCAGGGCUUGGAAGCCGCCAUCGGUCAUCUAUCCAUGGUCUAUCCUAACGUCUACUACAUGGCACGACAAAAGAUCCCGGGAGUACCACACCACUUCAAGGCCGGCAACCUCAACUACGGUAUCGAACAGGUUCGACUUCUGCCCGGGGGCGCUGGCCAAUUCAUGGCCGCUCUGGAUGCCGACAUGAUUCCCGAGCAAGAGUGGCUACGCGCUGUUCUUCCUCACUUGCUUGUCGAUCCCAAGAUGGCCCUUGCGUGCCCUCCACAGCUCUUCUACAACACUCCGCCUUCCGAUCCCCUCUCUCAGAGCUUGGACUUAUUCGUACAUGUGAUUGAGCCAAUCAAGGAUGCCCUUGGCGUGGCUUGGUGUACUGGGUCUGGCUACAUUAUUCGUCGAGAUGCUCUGGAUGACAUCGGAAACUUCCCUGUCGGCACUCUCGCCGAAGACGUCGCAACCUCGACCCUCAUGCUCGGGAAAGGAUGGAAGACAGCAUACAUCCAUGAGCCGCUCCAGUUCGGCACUGUCCCAGAAGACUUUGGCUCGCACAUCAAGCAGCGUACCCGAUGGGCCGUUGGAACCGUGGAGACUGCUCUCAAGCUGAAUUUCUGCCUGUGGGGUAAGGCCGUUAAGCAGAUGAGUUUCCCUCAGCGCUUUUCGGGAUUCCUCUAUGCAACCCUCAGUUUCUACAACAUUCUGGUUACGGCCUCUCUCUUCGCAAUCCCUAUCAUUCUCAUAUGGGGCAAGACUCUCGUUGCCUAUGAAAACGAAGAACAGCUCCGCUGGCUCAUUCGGGUUUGUUUCGCUUCGACCAUCCUCAACCGGCUUUGCGAGAUGGUGCUCUAUAUCCCAGCAGGCUACCAUACCGGACAAAGAGGCUCGCGGUACCAGCUCUGGAUGUCGCCGUAUCUCGCGUUGUGCAUUAUUCGCUCAUUCCUCCUACCGAAGUGGCUUGGAGGUGUGACCCAGGCCUUCAAGCCAACUGGCUCUUUGGCUUCGGCGCUCAAUGAGCGGGACCCGAAACUACGGAAGAAUAUGGUUCAGCGUCUUUGGGUUAUUCUGGUUAACUAUAUGGGCAUUUUCCACCUGGCAUUCGUCUACUUCACGCUGGUAGGCGCGGUCCUCGCGGCUUACCGCUGCUUCUUUGAGACAUCGGGCGCAAAGAACGUCAUGCUUUGCUUGAUCACGCAUGUUUUCUGGCCUCCAUUAACCUUCAUCUAUCUCUGUUCGUCAAUGUGGACGCCGAUCGCUUACGCCAUUGAUCCUCCGACCAUGGCCGACCGAGAAGACUUGCUGAACCGAGACCCCAAGACUGGGGUUGCGCACCCGACCCAGGCCAGCAAGAAGAUUGCAUUCGGAGGCCAGGCGGCCUGGUUUGAACUCGAGUACAGUACGGCUACAAUCUUCACUAUUUUGGUUUUGAUAUUCUCCUUCUUUAUUUAGGUGAACGAUGAUAGUUACGAACGCAUCUAUUUUGGGAAGCCUGCUGGCGCUGUUUUUGGUUCGGUGCAUCCCCGAUUGAUUCGUCUGCCAUGGUAUCAUUCUUGUCUGUUUUGUAUAUGUAAUACUAGUUGACUUAUGCAUUGUUGGAGAUAAACUGACUAGGACACACAAAGAUGUUGCCAUGACAUUUAUUUGCUUAAUGGGAGUUUCUUUUUUUUUCGGGGGGAGAAAGAGGGGUCUUUCUCUCUCGAUCAGCUCUUAUGCAUACACCGUCUCUACUAACGGGACCUUGCUUUCGUUUCUUUCUUUCUUGAUUUACUUUUUUUCACCCUUUACUUUUUCAUAAUUCUUGCAUAGUCCGGCCGAGAAUUCGAUUUACUGGGAAUGAUCUACUGGGAAAUAAAAGUAAUACUGAAUGCGGUUAUUGUAAUGAUGUAGAGAGCCUCCUCCCUUCCAAGAAUAUGCAAGAAUAUGAAUACUUUGUGCUUGCGUCAGCAAAUGAUUAUUAUUCAUGCAGGAUUUCAUUUUUGUGGCUCUUCACUAAAAUCACUCAUAAGAUGCUUAAAUGUACUGCUUGCUACCUUUCCCCCUUGCUUUGCCAAGUUGCCCAGCGGAGGAAUAUGUACUAUGUGGCUGUGCUGCUCCCUUUUCUUCUAUUCCAUUCUUCCAGCUGGAUGCUGCUCCAUGCUCCAUGAUCCAUCCCAAUGAGACAAGACGCUAUGGACGAUAAAACCAAUAAUAUCAGAUUAUCAUGCAGAGAUUUCCGCCCCAUAAACAGAGUAGAUAGUAGAUACCACGGAGGAGAUUCUAAUUAUUAACAAUCCGACGUGGUGUCUCAGAUCUUAUUGCUGUAUCCACUGUUCUUUUUAUUUAACCCACAUAGUCCACACACAGAAGUUAUACCAGAUCGGUAGUUUACUUGCUAGACGAUGAUCAAGGGGCCCUUUUUUUUUGAGAGUGCACUGCCAAUGUUAUAAUUGGGACUGUGGAACCCAGCAUACUUUUGUGGACAGGGAAGGAAAGUUCAAGAUUUGCUGUUUUCUUGAGACGGUGUAAAGUGUACAGAGUAUACUUUGUAUGCACAGCACAGCGGUAAACAC